AUGCUGAACGAGUCCCGAUUGGUAGAGGGAAGAUUUGACAAAAAUGAAACCGAAAGCAACUAACACAGGAACAAGCAGUUUGUUUUACACAGCAACACGGAAAGGACUUGGCUGUUCAUUUACUUAAAUUCACUUGCAUUAAGUUGGUGCUCUUGAUAACUGAACUUCAAUCACACGUGUGCGAUUCAGUUGUGUUUUGGAGAGAGUCCGACUGCAGAGGGUGAAGAUAAUGCCCAGGGAACAUUUGUGUGGUGAAAAGAGAAAAAUGGCAUCUGUCAUCUGGAUCCUGUAUGUAGUAUUGUAUGCUGAAUUCAUGUGUGCAGUGUCUGCUGACAAGUUGGUCUCCCUGAAUUGCCAGGAUGAAAACCAUGGGGUCCAUGGCAAGGACUCUUUAUUGAAAUGCUUUCUGAAUUCUCGUGGGGAAAGCGUGACGGUCACAGCGGCAACAUGGAGGCGGCCAGGAGGGAAGGGUCCUUUAAUAAUGUUUAUAAAUGACAAAGUUAGAAUGCCGGAAGAUCCACGAUUCUCCUUUAAGCAGUUACAGAUGUCUGGCAGCAACAUAGACGUGUCCUUUCUGGUGAAAAACACAAUGAGGACAGAUGAAGGGAAAUAUGAAUGCGAAGUUGUAACUGACAGCGGUGAAGCCAAAGCAGUUGUAAGCCUUUCUGUCACAGCCACUUACUCCAAACCAGACAUGAGCUCAGUUCCGGAGAAGGACCUACAGGAGGAAAUGAAAGUCACAUUAUUCUGCAAUGCCUCUGGGGGUUACCCGGUUGGCAUGAUCCACUGGUACGACCAGCACGGCACCAACUGGACCCGCAGUGCAGAAAUGACCAUGGUGGAGACCACGGACAAACGCACAAACUUAUCCAGCAAGUUCACGCUUAGGGCAUCCUCCAUCACUCCUCAGUAUCGGUGCUUAGUGUUAAACAACAAUGGUGUGGAAGAAGGAAAGGCAGAAUUUGACCUUAAAUUUCGGGAAAACGUGGAUACGUUGAAGGAGAAGGCGAUGGGAGACAAGAGCAGCACGGCCAUUGCGGCAGUCAUCGUCAUCGUUGGAUCCCUGGUGUGUGGCCUGCUGAUUUUGGCUCUGUUGCGCAGACGGCGCGCUCAGCAGGCCCGAAGGCCAUCAACUCACCCCAUAUUGGGGGUGAGGUAUCCAGAGGGUUCAGACACGAUGGAAGAAGGCUCGGCAGGUUUGAACGAUAUGACGGAAUCUGUGCCUGAACCUUUUAACAAAUGAAGUUGGAUUAUUGCCCCUUCUUCAGGACUGUGUCUAAUCCUUAUAGUAACAAAUCGCUGCAGAUUCUGGGGAAAUGGCGGAAUUUUACUUUUCCUUUCUGUGUGUCUGUGAACUCAGAGAGAAACUAAUGACUCUGCUCCAGCUUUAUUUCUGAUUGGUAGUUUGUCAUGGCAGUGCAAUCAAGAAUGCUUUGGUAAUCCCCUGUGAUGAAUUUACUUUCGGUUGCUCUUUACAGUUCUACCAGACUAAAAACAGACAGCUUCCCUUUUUCCCCCCAAAAAGAGCAUCACGUCCUCUUCAUUUCCUGAUAUGGAACCUCAAACUGAAGUUUGUGGAGACACUGCAUGCGAAUUAGUGAUGUGAGAAAAUGUAAUGCUCAAAACGAAGUAUCACACAAGUAAAAUAACACAUAAAAUGAGGGAAAAAAAUAACAAACAGGGCAACACAGUUCAGUCGAAUUGUGGAACGUGAUCACAAACUAUUUUACAAAAUGUCAAAAGAUACAGAACAAUAUAAUACAAUAAGCUUGUAUAUAGUGCUCAUUGUGCUGUGCAUUGAAGAGGCAUUAAAAUAAGAAUCAGCAUAGGAACAGGCAAGGUCUAGGCCGUGUCCAAAACUGCUUACUUGCCUACUACUAAGCACACUGGAUAGGAAAAUUACGUACAUAAAAUUUUCAAAAAAUGAUCUUGAUAUAUUUAUUUGGGGGUUCGGCUGAAUGUACGUACUUUUCAGGAAGUAAGUCAUACUUUUUUUUUAGGAUGCCUCACAGAGGAAGAAGCUAUCUUUGGGUCCCAUCAAUCAGAGAGCAAGCCUUUUUACUGCAAGGGCUACUUUGCACUACUCAUGACACUUCUGCAGUACGACUGAAAAACAAUGAGGAAUAUUUUUAUAAAUAUUUUAUGUUUAGUCGCCAGUACAUAUUCUGAGCACACCUCUUGUUAGGAGGGUGUUUCACACGGCCUUAAUGACUGAUAUGUUUUGGAUUUCGGUUACAAAGACAUGGUGCAGAGCAGCCUAAACCUAUGCCUCGGAUUGCUUUGCUGUGAGGUCUCUGUGUCUGCAGACCGCAGAAACAGGAUCUCCAAGAUUUGGAAGUGCUCAUAAGUGCUUUAUAGGUAGUGAGGAGGAAGUAAUUCAACCCUAGAUUAAAGGGGGCAGAACAGCAACCGCGGUGCAGAAAAUGCUCUGCGCAGCAUCUGUGAAAAAGAACAGUGUCAGUUAAACUUGGAACUAUACAGUGGAUCCCAACGUGAACUUUGUUGUCGCUAAAUUAACACUACAUUCCUAAGAGUCCAGGACACCAACAACAACAAAGCAUUAUAAUAAUUCAACCUGGUGAUUGUACAGGCCUUACCUCUGCAUUCGCAUUGUCAUUACAAGGGUUGGUCUAAACUUUACUGCAUUGUGCAAUUUAGAUGAAGUUCAUUUGGGCCCCAUUGUUGCACUCCUUGCCUUUGCGUUCUCACUGAAGAUAUUUUCGGACGUGAGUGUGUACAGAUGUUUUGUGCUGUACAUGUAGAAACAUGAUCGCCAUUCCUUAAAGAAGUCUGUGAACUAAAAAGGUAGCAAGAUGGUUUCACAUGGGGGAUCCUUUGAUCUCCUAGGAACCCUUACUGAUUUCAGUGAAAUUGUUGGAUGUUAUAACAGUUAACCAAAAGAAUGAAAAUUCAGCUUCUGUUUUUCAAGCAUAUUCAUUUUUUCCCAUUUUGGAUUUAAAAAAAAAACCUUUUUAUAUCAUAUGUUCCAUUCACAAUCUACUUUUGCAAAUAAAACUGUAAAUAGAUGUAGUUGAAUUUUUGUUGUUUUAAAUGUGUUAAUCACUGCUGAAUUCUGAGUGUUGUGAUCGUUAACACCCUUCACCCCUGGUUUAAAUGUUGUGAUUGUUAUAAUUACGGUGUAUUUUUUGGCUUGAAUGGUGGGAUUGUUAACACUCCUUUCUUUUCACUGGUUUGUGCAUACGUACACUAAUUCACAUGCUGCAGAUUUUGGGUGAUGGGUCAUUUUUGAUCCAAAAUUUACGUCUGCUUGUUUUAUAUUUGUAUUGAUAAACUGUAAAAAAACUAAAAUUGAUGUGUGGAUUCAUAGAUUUUCCACAGUGCAUUUCUCUUUGUUUAAAACUUGUACUUUCUUACUUUGUGGUGCUUCUAAUAUAUUGCUUCUAUACUUUAUAAUGCUGUUUUAUUAUUGGACUAAUUAUAAUUACUUGAUUAUGUAAAGGAUUAUUUAAAAUAAUAAUCAGGAUUUGUUUUGUGAUAACACCUUUGAUUACAAUGCAAGUUAGUUUUUUUUACAGUAAAAUGUUUUAUAAUUUAACAAAAUGUUUAUUUGUAUUUUCUUAUUUGUUUCAGUAGCAUAUUAUAUACAGGCAGGGCAUCCAGAUUUUUCCAGAGGGAAAUGAAGGUCAAAUAUAAUAAAGCCACUUUACAUUUUAAGUCAUUGAAAAAGCAGGUCUUCACAAUACAGUUUAGCAGACGAACAGAGGCUGUUAUUACUCUGAUAAAUGGAUGCCCACUGUGGGUAUUUCUGCAGUACAGUACACACUGUUGGUAUUUCUUAAUCUGUGAAGUUGCACAAAAUAAUUUCUUUCAGCAGCCAUUUUAGUUCCUGGAAAAAAAUGUUACAAAAAUAUGUGAUGACAAAUUUUUUUCUUACACAUCUAUGCAUGAAAUAAAGGCAUCCAGUUAAAUUAAUGUGACUGAAAAAGGCACCCAUUGCAAUCUGUACAAUAACACACUGUUUCAGCUGCAGUGCCUUGCAGAUUUUUCGGCCUUCGCAAUUAUGAACAAAAAUUUCUGUGUGAACUGCUGCAUUGUGUGCUAAAUUAAUAAAAUUACUCAACGUUAAAAGGUCA